AGCGGAGAGCAACCCCCCUGCACGCAUAUUAUUCUGAGCACACUGACCGAGUGAGUAAGCUAAUGACGUCACAAUGGAGGUUAAGACCGCUUCACAUGAGAGCUGUGGCUUUCGAAAAAAAUAUAUAUACUUACUUGCUGCGGUUCACAUGAAAAUCGACCAGUAUUGUUUUAAUAUUCUAUUUGACAGGUUCAUAACCUAAAAGGGAAAGUUACUCCGGUAAAGAACUGAUCUCAAUUGAUGUGAUUGUUAAAUAUUAUUGUUGAUGUAUAAAAUAAUUUACUUUGAAAGUUAAUGCUUCUAGAAAUGGUUAACGCGUUGGAGAGCAAAGCAGGAUACAAAUACCUUUUGAGAUGAUUAAGCUCAUAUUAUGGUGUAAGUAAGAAUCCUCGUGAAGGAUGUCUGCUAUUAUCGACGAUAAAGUUGUUGCUGGGGCACAGGAUCCUAAUGUGGUCAAAGAAAAUCCAAUUGUGAUAUUAACAGAUAAGGUAAAGUCACUUUACCUCUUUCGAGAUCAUUAUUUUGAGAACCAUUCAAUAGAAAAUGCCAUAAAUAAAAGCAAAGAUGUAGAAGCAGAAAUGAAAAAUACUCUGGCCAAAUUUGACGAAUGUAAAGGAUAUGAGAUUGAUGGCUGCAGAGCAAAGUAUUAUUACCUUAAAGGUAAAACUUUGAACGUAGUAGAUAAGUUUACACCUCAAGCAGAAGAACUUUUAAGUAAAGCAGUGAAACUUGAACCUAAAUUAAUAGAAGCUUGGAAUGAGCUUGGAGAAUGCUAUUGGAAAAAUGAUGAUAUUCAACAGGCAAAAAAUUGUUUUGUAGGUGCUUUACCUCAUGGAAAAAAUAAGGUAUCAUUGCGAAACUUAUCUAUGGUACUUAGACAGGAAGCUGCUUUAACUUCAGAGCAAAAGAUAAAAAAUGUUCAACAAGGUGUCGAGUAUGCUAAAGAUGCAGUGAGUCUGGAUCCAUCUGAUGGUACUUCUUGGGCUAUUUUAGGAAAUGCUUACUUGUCUUCCUUUUUUACAAUAGCACAAAAUCCUUCUAUUCUGCGUCUUUGUAUGUCAGCUUAUGGACAAGCAGAAAAGGAUUUAACUGCCAAAAGUAAUCCAGAUUUGCAUUACAACAAAGCCAUGGCUCUAAAGUAUCAAGAAGAAUAUAAGUUAGCCUUGGAGUCUUUUGAACAAUCAAAGUUAUUGGAUCCUACAUGGGAUACACCUAAAGAAAAACAAGCAGAAUUAUUAAGAUACCUUAAUAAUGUUCAAUCUUCUAUUAAUUCAAAUGGCAGUAUUAAACCAAAAAAGUUGUUUCAAAUGAUUCAGUCCUUGAAUGAAAAGCAUUUGGGACCAUAUAAAGGAGGAUCUUAUGCGUCAGGUGAUAAGUCUGUGAAAUUAGAAUUGAGUUAUUUGAAGGAUUUAGUACGUGGCAUUAAUUUGGAAAAGGUAGUGUUUGGAAAAGUGGUAUGUUGGAUUCAAGAUUCUGAUUCAGUUCCUUUCGCAUUUUGUAUGGUGGAUGAAGAAAAAACCUGCAUGGCUGUGACUUUGUAUAACUUAGCAAAAGGAAAGGGAGUUACGGUUGGAGAUUCUGUUGCUAUUCCUGAACCAUUUUUAACACGUCACCAAUUUUCCUACUUGGAUAACAAAUUUGAUUUUAAAUCCAUCCGCGUAGAAACCCCAGUAGUUUUGGUUGUGAAUGGAAGGAAAUUAGGACGGGAUCAACAAGCAAACGUGAAAAUGUCAACUUUUAAGAAAAGUGAUUGACAGUAAAACAAUUAUGAAAAAGCAUUGACAAAAUCAGUGAAACUUCUCGAAAAAUUAUGCGAAAAUCGAUUUAAGGAGAAAAGUGAUAAGAAGUAAUUCAGUUGAAUGAAAAGUCAUUAUUUUUCUCCAUAACAUUCUUUAUGUGUACAUAAGUUGAAAGUUUGGGUAAGGCAAUUUGAACGUCGAUGCUUCGAUCGAACUUUGGUCUCGGAGGAUACUUUUUAACAGAAAUCCUCAGCCAUUAUUUUCAGUGAUUAAUGUUGUCUCUCUAUGUAAGAUUUUCACAGCUUAUUGACAUACUCGUCAAUUACUAGGCUUAACAAACAUUUUGUACUUUAAACGCACAUGCUUGUUGCGUUCAUUUAACAGAUCAUUAGCAUAAUGUGCAUUCUGUUAGAAAAUUUUGACGAGGAAAAUUAUUUUUAAACAAUCAUUAUUUUAUCUAAUGUUAUGUACACAUAUAUUUUACAUAAUAUACUAAAAAUCAACUAUGAAUAAUCAAUUUGUAAUGAAUAGAUUUUUAUAUUUUGCUUAAAAAGCUUGUUCUUUAUUUCCUCACCAGAAUGUAUAAAUUCCUUCAGUUUGUGAUCAGUUAUCUCACUGAAUUUGUAGGGUACCAAAUUUUAUUCAAUAUUUUCUCAACUAGUCAAAAAUGCACAAGAUCAAGAGUUUUCUAAAUGUAAAGUAAGAAUUUCCAAAAUUAACUGUGUAAAGUUGUCAGAAAAGUAGACCUAUGUGCCUAUAGGUGAUAAAACAGCUUACAAAACAAACGAUAUUGUAUAUUAAAGUGAACGCGUUGACGUUUGA